AUGCUGGCCAUGCUGCCGGGGCCCGACGAGACGUGGGAGAUGCGGGCGCAGAAGCAUCCUGAACGGCUGCAGAGCUUUCUUGUGGCUGUGGCAGAGCAGCCCAACUACUUCGCAGAUGUGAUCGAUGAACUUCGCGUCGAGGACUUUGAGGAUGAAAAGGACAAGACAAUUGAGACCAGGAGGCUGACAAGGCAGCAAUCAGCAGAGCAGCUGGUGCUGAAAUGCUAUGGAGACAUGGUCAGCCUGUGA